GAAUAACAAGAUGGAAGAAUGGAAAAAAACAGUCGCAAUACCAUAUAAAAAUGGUACAUCAGAGGCAAUACAAAGAAACCUCAAAAAUAUCGGCAUUCGAACAACCUUUAAACCGACAAAUCUAAUCAAAAAUAAAAUAAAUCAACUGAAAGAUCCCAUAAAAAUGAUGGAUAAAAACAAUUUGAUUUAUAAAAUAUCUUGUGCUGACUGUCCAACUAAAUAUGUGGGGCAAACGUCCAGAUCACUCAAAAUAAGAGUGAAUGAACAUAAACGCCUAACUAAAGGUCAACCAACAGGGACACAAGCUUACAAAAAUCUUGAAAAAAAUUCAUCGAUAGCUGCACAUGCAUGGGACAAAAACCACAAUAUCGAUUGGGACAAUGUGUGUAUUCUAAAAACAAACAUGAACAAAUGGAAAGAAAGACUCAUAACAGAAUCGAUAUUCAUUAAAGUCACACCGGAUACAUGUAACAAGGGUGACUCAGUACAACUAUCAACAACUUGGAAUAUAAUUCUAAACACAAACACAUGAAUGAAUGUGGAGUAUAAUUCUGAACACACAUAUGCACACGCAAAACAUGAGUAAAAUAAUAAUAAUAAUGAACUAUACAUAUAAGUACAAAUCAUCAGAGUAGUCUUUCAAUAUCAGCUACACGGUGAGGCCAAAUGGUACAAAAGGCGUCAUGUAAGCAGAGGUGCUGGCGAUUCGUCAAUACAACC